AUGUUUAAAUUCUGGGGAUCACAAGAUCAACAAUCGCAGGGUGGUUCAUCACAGUCGUGGUAUCCACCGUCUGUGAUGAGCUCAUCGAGUUCUUCAAGGCCUGCUACACCUGCUUCCUCUUCCAGUUCGCCAAGGCCUUCUUCGCAUGUUCCACCGGCAGAAGCCGCAGGAACAAUUGCAUCUUUGAAGGACAAAAGUGUUGAUGAGUUGAGAAAGCUUUUAUCUGACAAAGAUGCUUAUCAACAGUUUCUACAGUCACUUGACCAGGUCAAGAUUCAAAACAAUCUGAAAGAUGAGCUUAGCAAGGAGAAUUUGCAGCUUGCAGAGGAAAAUCUACAAAAGGAACCUCGUAUCAUGGAACUUAGGAAUCAGUGUAGAAUUAUUAGAACAACUGAGUUAGCUACUGCCAGUGAGAAACUAAAUGAGCUUGAGAAGCAGAAAGAAGAAAUGCUAAAGUUGAAUUCUCCUGCAUCCCUUCUCCAAAGGAUUCAAGAGUCUGUGAACCAGACAGAUGAGGAGUCUGAAAACCUGCACCAGCAACUCCUUGACAAAGAAAUUGACCUUGCAGCUUUUUUGCAGAAAUACAAGAAGCUACGCACCACCUACCACAAGAGAACUCUUAUACAUCUUGCUGCUAAAACAUCAAAUAUAUGA